AAUACCAAAGGAAAAAAAAAGUUGAAUACAUAACCAAUGAUGAAUCGAACGUACUAAUUUUAGCUGCAGGUAAUGAGCACUUUACGGACCACGCGGAACGUUUCUGCCAUGUGAGGCCAUAAAUCAACCACAUCUUUAAUCAGAGCGCCAAAGAGAGUCCUGCAGAUAAAGACAGCAAAUGACUCCAGCACAGUCUCGGAAGGAGUGAUGAAUGUAGAGAAGGAGGUGGGAGGGAGAAAGAGUGGACACUUUGUCCUGUUAGUGAAGCUUGCAGUAGGCAGGCAGAUAGUAGCAGAGUAAUAUUAGGGAUGGGUGUUGUGUGUGGCCCUGUCCCAAACCCCACACGAACGCUCUAAAGUCUUGGCAAGUGCACUUCGGUUUUCUGUCAUUUAUCAAUAAGCUCUGGAUGUGUUGAGACCUCGAGGUUGUCGGGGCACCAAGCGAGGAACCUGAACGGCUCUACAGUGUAUAUCACUCAGGACCCAUACAUAAAAUGUAAGUAAAAUGAUUCUUCUUUUUUUAUUUUUACAAUGUACAACUCUUGAAUGGAUUAGUGAGCGAUUGGUGUUGAGAUGUGGUUUGAUGUUGAGUAUGUUGUUAAAUAUCCUGUUGGGUGAGCUGGAUGUAAUACGGUGAUUAAUAUGAGUGUAUAUUAAUACAUUCAUAUUAAUGUUAAUGUUAAUGGUUCCCAGCCAGAGCGACAAUGACAGAGGCAAGAAAAAUGGCGAGAGCAAAACUGGUGCUGCUGGGACGAGAGAACUGUGGAAAGACGGCUCUGUGUGUGAGAUUCAUCACCAAGCGCUUCAUUGGGGAGUAUGACCAUAAAAAGGAGGUGACCUACAGGUGCCGCAAAAUAGUGGACAAGGAAGCGACGGACUUGGAGAUUUUAGACACGGUUAAUAAGGAUUGUGUUGGAUCUGGCGCCACUCCUCUCGAGAGUUCUAUUAAAUGGGGCGAUGGCUUUCUGAUCGUGUACUCAGUGACGGACCGCAGCAGCUUUGAGGCUGUCGCACGCCUCAAGAGGCUCAUUGAUCACACCCGACAGAGCCUUGGAAUCCCCACAGUGAUUGUAGCAAAUAAGAAUGACAUGGAGAAUGGACGUGCUGUUAGGACAGAAGAGGGACAGGCUUUGGCCAGAGACCUGAGGUGUAGUUUUUUUGAGCUCUCCGCAGCAGAGAGCUCGUCAGCGGUGGAGGCAGCAUUCAGCCAGCUGAUCCGUGAGGUGCGGGUGGAGUUCCAUCGCCACCUGUUAGCCAUGGACAAGCGUUCACGUGUGCUCCAGAUGCGCCAUGCACUCAAGAAUAAACUCACACGCAGCAAAACCAUGCAAUGGUGAUACAGCUAUGAGGGUGUUCCGCUAUCUAGGUCUACUAAAUACCAGAUCACUACUAGUCCAUCAGUAAGGAAAACGACUGGACUUGUUUAAUGUCUUGAAAAUGAUACUUAACCGAGUCACUUAACUGAGUGAUGGGAAAUUCCCAUGAAUUUACACAUGUAGUCGCUAGUUUAGUAGGUACCUAACAUACCUUCACCAUAUUCAGUAGAUAAAGCACUUUAGUUAUACAACUACUGACUGUAGCCUAUCUGUAGCCCUUCUCUACCUUCACAACCGGUGGAAAGGGACCACCUCUGACGUUAUUUGAGUGGUGGACCGAUUCUGUGGGAAUUUCAAGGCCACAUGAUAGUCAUUAAAGUGCUAAGUCACUCAAUGUGUCCUCCAUACAGUAAAAAUGAUCAAGCUCGAAUGACUGAACGAGGGGCGGUAUGUCAAGAUAACAACAGGACAAGAUACAAAUAUGAGCUGCGAGGUAGUUAAAAGACCCCCUGCAGCUGUAUCACGAGGUUCUGUACCUCACAGUUAAAAGACACAAUCAAUAUGAUUCCUGCCAUCCUGUUGUGGAAGUCUUUUGGAAGGAAAAUACUCGCUCCAGGGAAAUUUCAGGCACCAGAAAGGGAAAUAGUGUUCUAAUGAAAUACUGUGUUAGAACUUUUACAGGUCUAUUUGACUGUUUGAGUCCUCUUUUUGUGUGUUGGUGAGAAGAAAUGUCAGGUGGAAUACAUUUUGUAGCAGUUAUGCUGCUUGAUUUGCUAUAAAUCUGGGGAAAGGGCUACUCUUAUUACAUCCUUUGAAAGCCUCGUAUACUGUGUAUAUGUGUGGCGGUCUGGGAGAACCCUUUGGAUUCCAUUGUGAUUGAAUUCUGUUGGAAGAAAAGAAAAAAAAUGAUUUCUGGGGGAGGGGGGAAUUGGAUUUUUCUGCCUUUAGCAGACUUUGACACCUACAAUGUAAGAAACCACAAAUAUAUAUUUCACAAAAAAAUGAGGUGGAAAUGUUUUAUUGACUUUUCAGUCUUGCCUAGGCUACCUUCCUGCAAAAAGAUCAUGUUUGGUACGGAGCCAGUUUAACCAACACUGCCUGUGUAAAGAUGUCUGUUCCACAAGUUGUUGCAUAGCUACAUGCCAUAGCUAAAACUUUAUUAACGUUGCGUGAUCAGUGUCCAUGAUGGGAAAAAAAACCUUCUUGAUCUGAAAAGAUCUGCAAGGCCUGUUUUAUCAGUAGCCAGAGAUGCCUUAAAGCGCACAUAUUAUGUGUUUUCAGAUAUUACCCUGCAUGUAGUGUGUUAUAAUAGCUGGUUGUGAAUGUAAAAAGUCUGCAAAGUUUCAAAAAUCAAAGCGCACGACAAACUGAGUUAUUGACUCCCAAAAGAAGGAAGCGAUUCUGAACAGCUGAAACGAGUCGUUAGUGAUUCCAGACUUACUUCCUAUACUAACCUAUGUAGGUUUGUAACAAAAAAUCCCGCCUCUGGUCUUCAUUGGCUGCUCGCUGACAGCGGUAGACCAAUCACAACAGACUGGGACAUCUGACCAGUCAGAGCAGAGUAUGCUGCAGUUUAAAUUAUGAGCACAUUAAAGUGUUUUUUGACCUUAGAUGCAUGUAAAUCUAUUGUAUGAAAGCUUUAAAACAAAAUUAUGCACGUUUCAAAACCAUAAUAGGUGCUCUUUAAAACUGUAGAGAUGACAUGGCUAAGGCUUUACUUUACACCUUAGUACAGUUUGCUAUACAGCAAGGAAACUGUGAACCAGAUUUUUAAAAAAUUAAUUAAUUUGGUCCAAAGCAUAGCUCAUAGUUUAAUUGUUUAUUGUGUGGUCAAUGAUUUCAUCAAUGACACUGAGGGAUAAAAAUGUCUUUUGAGAGAAAGAGAGAAACGUAGGGAAGACUAUUCUUUACUAGCUGAAAGUCAUUUGCUCCUCUGCAAGAUAUGUACUUUAUUUAGUCUAAGACAUGUUCGAGAGAUUUAUGUUUUAUAUUAUUCCAUAUCUGUUUAUUUGUGUUCUAGCUGCAUCAGAUUGUUCUGCUGGAAACGUCUUUGAAUAAAGCUUAC